AUGGCGGAGUCUGCCGCCCCUCAGGAGGAGGACUCUCCAACGUCCUUGCCCAGACUGCACGUCAAGGCGACGGCGGAGCAGAACUGCCAUCUUCAGGCCGCCUUUCUCGCCGAUGCUCACCCUACGGCGGAGACCAAGCAGAGCCUGGCCGACCUCACGGGCCUCUCGUACCGCUGGAUCACAGCCUGGUUCUCGCGCAAGAGGAGGGUCAGCGGGCUAGGAGUGACCCCUCCCGCCGCCCAUCGAACUGGGUCUUCUCGUUCAGGAGGCGGCCGAUCCUUCCACGAGCGUCUCGCCACUCAAGAUCACCCAUCGCCCGCUGGACUCGCUUUGUCUACCGCGUCUCCAGGCUUCAGCUUCACGCCUUCUGGCUGGCCCGGCCCUCGGCUCACAGGCCCUGGCACUCCUGGCAUCCCGCUCGGCUCUCCGCUUUCUCGUUCGUAUCCGCCGGCUUUGGACAUGGAUUAUUCGAUCUUUGACUAUGAAGAGGACGUGUCUACGCCUUCGCUCGCUUCGGGUUUCUCUACAACAUCGUCUCCCUUCCCUCUGACUCCGUUCUCUCUCGAUGUCUAUGAUUCGCCUAUCGAUAUCCUGCCUUCGAAAAGAGCGCUUGGGCGAAAGGAUAAGAAACCGACGGGUCUUCUUGGUGUUGCUGUAUCGGAUGUCCCUCGCACUGGACUCUCGAGUUCUACUUUCAUCGACUGGCAACAUGUACUAUCGAGCGACAACGAUACCAUUCCCGCUCCGCACUUUGGAUCGGGCAGAGGCCUCGCUACUGGUUCAGCCCAUGUUCCCUCGUACAUGCUGCCUGGUCUCACUAUCCCAAAUACAUGGCCGCCGAACGCGAGUAGCCCUACACCGGCGUCUUCCUCCCACCCAGCGACAAUGACAAGCUCGCCUGUACAGCCCAAGGUCACCCCGGUCUCAUAUCCUGUGCGACUAUCCGAAAUCAGGGCCGCGCACCGUCUGGCCUAUGUCAACUACCUCAACGCUAAAGGCACCGGCAGCGAAAAGAAACCAGUAUCAGCAUCAUCCCAUCCUUCACCAGUACUCGACCCUAUCUUAUCUCAGAUGCUUUCGUCCUCGUCUCCAGCUCCAGUCCGCAUCUCUACACCGAUCAAAAGGCCCGCCAGUGGAUCUUCUCUCUGUCUCUCGGGGCGGAAAAAGCCCCGUUUCAGCUCCGACGACAAAGAGAACUGGCCGCCAUCUUCGCCUUCGCCCGCCAUUGUGUAA